CCAUCUCAACCUACACGGCCCGCACUUUUCGCGCCGCCUGGGUAUGUGAGGAGCGUACACGCAUGUCCCGCUGCAUAUCCAAGGAUGUACGAGGGUACGCUCUCUCGCUCGUCGUACCCCUACAGCUCUAUACCUGAGACAGAGACGAAGGAGGCCCGCGCCGCGAGAUUAGAGAAGGACAAGGUUGCAUGUGCCGAGCAGGCACGAGAGGCGGCCAAAACCGAGGGCGCGGGCUGGAAAACGAACAGCGGCGAAGGGCUGUGGCUUAGCGUGGAGAGAUGGCGGCGGGAGGAUCCUGUGGAAGGCGGCGUGACGCUUCUGAUGCUCCAUGCGAAUGGGAUGCUCAAGGAGUUUGGGACACACAUACUGUCCUCCACGGCUGCUGUGGUGGUCAACGAGGUCUUUUUCCUGGAAGACAGUCUACACGGAACGUCCGUGGACCUCAACGCUGGUAGGCUGCCUCCCCUUCACAGUUGGGCAGACGGUGCCCGCGACGUCCUCAACUUUCUCAGCCACUGUGCGCCCGCAUUCGACGAGGAAGUAGGCUGGGCGCUUGAGUGGAGGGAACGCGCAUCGCCCCGCAAAGUUUUCGCCGUCGGCCACUCCCUUGGCGGUAACAUGGCCGUGCACGCUGCUGCCGCGGUGCCGGGACUGUUUGAGGGCCUCUUCUUGGUGGAGCCUAUGGUGAGCUACCCCUUCCCGAAUAUUCUCGCCCAUACUGCGAUUACGCUUAAACGGCGUGAUACAUGGCCCUCGCUCGACGCAGCGAAAACGAUGCGUACAAACCCGAUGUUCUCCAAGUUUCCCGACAGCAUUUUCGACCUGUGGCUCAGCCACGGAGUUGUGCCCAAGAACAACGGCGAGCUCACGCUGACCACGCCACCGUGGUGCGAGGCCGUCGUGUUCAGCGACUGCCGCUCCCCUCAGCGUGGCUGGGACCUGCUUCCCUCCCUCAAUAUGCCGGUAGGCUUCGUUAUGUCUAAGGACGCGCAGUGGAUGGGUGGCGAGAAGAUCGCUCGCGAGCUCACUAGCCGCCCUCCUCGAGCACGGAAUGAACGUACAACUGCGGGACACCUUGCCGUGCAGGAGGAUCCGAUGGGGGUCGGGGAGGCUCUGGGCCGCUUCUUA